GUUACAAUUUGCAUUCAGUUGCGGUUCGAGUGCCCUCCGAGUAGGAGGUUUCCCAUCUAAAUAAUUCCGUUUCUAACAUCGAGAGCUAAAUGGCCCAUCAAUACUAAGCUGUACAAGUGCCAAAAAGUAUCGAAAAUAUAUUUAAUCCUCCCUACAGAUACUAUCCCUUACAGCUCUUCAGAAUGCAUGCCCUGGAGGUCCUUAUUUUCAUCGUGUCCUUGGCCAGGAUCGAGGCUUGUAAUCGAGCACCGUCAGGAACCACAGCAGCCAAGUCACCGGUGGACGAGAACUAUGUCUUAUCCGUAGGCGGAAAUGCCCAGAGUUAUGUGCCUGGACAGAAAUACAAUGUUACCCUUAGUGCCUUUGGCGGCCUGUCGUUUGUGAGCUUUAUGUUGGCCCUGGACUUGGAAACUGGAGACAGCGAGGCCGAUCUGAAUGCCGUGGGCUUCUGGGAAAUAAGCGAUCUGGCCGAGACUCGAUUCAGUCCAAGGUGCGCCAAUCUGGUCGAGAACACAAACACGAAUAUAAAAACCCGGGUGGAUGUGGUUUGGGUAGCUCCUACCAUGCCAGGACAAGGAUGCGUCCUGCUAAGAGCCACAGUACUACAGCAUCGGGAUGUGUGGUUCAUGGACGAUGGUUUCCUGACCAAAAGGAUGUGCGAGGAGGAGGUGGACGACAUUGACACUCAGCCCAGCAUCAUGGAUCCUUGCUGUGCCUGUGAUGAAGCCAAAUAUGAGCUCACCUUUGAGGGCAAGUGGUCGCGGCACACACAUCCCAAGGAUUUUCCGGCCAACAGCUGGCGUACCAGGUUCAGCGACAUCAUCGGGGCAUCCCACACCAUAGACUACAGGUUCUGGCAGUAUGGAGAGUUGGCCAGUGAGGGAUUACGGGAGGUGGCUGAACAUGGCUCUACCCGCACCCUGGAGAGUGAACUGAAGGAUCAGAGUGAACACAUCCGGACAAUCAUCAAGGCCCGGGGCAUAGCUUAUCCGAAUGUUACGGGAAAGACGUUCGCUGUUUUCCGAGUAGACUCCAGUCACCAUCUGAUAUCGCUGGUCUCCAUGGUGGAUCCGUCGCCGGACUGGAUAGUGGGUGUCUCUGGCCUGGAGUUGUGUCUGCCCAACUGUUCCUGGGUGGAGAACAAGGUGCACAAUCUCUAUCCCUGGGAUGCGGGCACAGAUAGUGGGCCUUCUUACAUGUCCGCAGAUCAGCCACAAGUACCUCCAGAUGUUAUCCGCCGCAUCAAGUCCAACUAUCCCAAUGAUCUUCGCUCACCCUUCUACGAUCCCACUGGCGCCCAGAUGAAGCCCCUGGCCACCUUGCACAUCAAUCGGCGACGCCUGUACGAAAAGAAUUGCGAAUCAACGGAUUCGGAACAACUACCGCCAGAAUGCGCCACCGAGGCGUGGUCCAAGUGGGAUGAGUGCACUACCAAGUGCGGACCCGGAAAGCAGUAUAGAACUCGUGAAUUCAAAAAUCCCGUGCUGGCUUCGCGCCAUCGUUGCAACAAUGCCCUCCGCGAGGAGAAGAACUGUGUGGGUCGCAAGUGCGCCAGUUUUAAUGAGGAAGAAGCCGAGGCGCAACAGGAAACCGGAGGAACUCCUCCGGGUGGCUACGAUGAUCCGCAAUGUGGCCUUUCCGAAUGGAGCGAAUGGUCCUCUUGCACAGUGACCUGUGGAACCGGUGAGAUGACCCGAUCCCGCCAUUAUCUCAACAAGAAGGCCAAAAAGAAGUGCCAGAAGGCGAGCAAAGUGCGUCUUCAGGAGACAAAGAUCUGCGAGGCAAUGGAGUGUGGUGGUGACAUCGAGAACGGUGCUGACGGAGGGAAUCCGGAAGAAGAACAAGCUGGUGGCGAAAAUGGUGGCUCUGCUGAGAAGCGUUCGAUUUUCCGGAAUUUUGAAAGCUACAGCCAGCACCGAGAGGACUACAUCCCGCCUGUUUGUGGAGUGACUCCAUGGUCUGAUUUCUCACCCUGUUCGGCUCCUUGUGGAGGACAUGGAAAGCGCCAACGUAUUCGCAAGGUCUGGAAUAACAACCAGGUCUACGGGGUCCAAGAUCCCAACUAUGAUGGUCCCGAUCCCUGUCGGCACAUCAAGUUGCAGGAGGAGGUGAACUGCACGAAUCCCAGCUGCGAUACCAUCGUGCCUGGUUUCUGCUACGAUCAGCUGAUGGACAGUCCCUGCCGGGACAGCGAUGUGGUAAACUUCUGGUACUACGACCACGUGAGCGACCAGUGUGCCAUCUACUGGUCGGAUCGGUGCGACACCAACCGCAACAAGUUCAAGUCGAAGGAGGAGUGCGAGGACACAUGUCGGGUGCCGCGGCACAAGCAGGAGCUCCAGCACGAUGGCCGUCCUCCAAUAGAUUGCCUGGUCUCCGAGUGGAUGGCCCACAUGUGCAAUGCCACCUGCGGCGAUGGUUACCAGUUGCGAACGCGUCGUGUCCUAAGAACUCCCAAGUACGGCGGUCGAUCGUGUCCCAAGCAUUUGGUGCGUCUGGACCGCUGCUAUCAGAGAUGCGAUGACAUGUACUCCAUAAGCAGUCGGGGAUUCGGUGAGCGAAGGCACGUGGUAAAGGUCCAUCCCAUGCCCGAGCGGGAUGAGUGCCGCUACUCGGAGUGGUCCGCCUGGACGCCGUGCACCGCCACUUGUGGCGACAAUGCUGUGCGCCAGCGAACCCGCACCCUCCUCAACACGGACAUGAGCUUCAAGUGCAAGGAUCGGGUUCGAAUGGAGAAGUGUGUGAUGAUGCCCUGCCUGCUGACCAGCAACGACGAUCCCGACAGGUGGUGACAGUUUCCUUAGCUGUAAUGAGUAUUAAUUGUAUCCCAAUUAUGUAAUCAUAUCGAAAAAAUAAAUCUAUCAAAUACUCUGGAUUAUUUCAAA